UAUCAGUCGCGGGGGAGAGAGAGGGAGAGAGAGAGAGAAUGGCGGAUAGCUCUUCCCCAAAGUUGGAGGAGCCGACAAAGGGAUGGGGAGGGUGGGGAUUCUCUUCUGCCUUCGCUGUCCUCUCCGACAUCCAGAAGGCUGCCUCCAAUGCCGCUGAGGAGAUCUCCAAGAACGCUGUUGAAGUUGCGAAGACUGCAGCGAAGGGAAUCUCGGAAUUGCAGAGUGUUGCUGAGACCGAGCCUGGAUUAUUGGCUGAGGGAAAAUCGGAGGAAAGUGAAAUCAAAGAGGCCGCAGAAAGUGAAACGGAAAAAUUGAGGAAGUUGGCUCUAGACAAGCUUGAGAAGGCUAGUGAAGAUUCAGUUUUAAGUCAGGGGCUCAAAGUUCUUGAUAGUUCAGUUGAAAACAUUACAUCUGGAGCAUGGCAAGCACUAAGCAGUGCUUGGAAAGGUGGCUCAACUUUGGUGCACAAGCUUGAGAGUUCUGCUACAAACCUUGCUGAUUCCAUCCAACAUGGUGGUCUACCUGUAAAUGCGUCUUCCCUUGCACCUUCUAUAAUAGAGACUGGGAAAGCUUUUACAGCAAAGGGAAUGCAAGUGUUAGAGUUUGUUGGCAAGGAGACUAUAGACUUGUUGAUUGAUGAAACUGGGAUUGAAGUUGAUAAGGACCCGAGUGAAGCCGAGCAACAUGAUGAAGAGGAGCAGUUUUCUGAUGACAUUUCAUUUGAUCGAUGUUUUUACAUUUAUGGUGGUCCGGAGCAGCUCGAGGAACUUGAAGCUUUAUCCAAUCAUCACAUGCUUCUGUUUAACCGUAAGAAGACAAAAUUGCCACCUGCGCAGAAGGCCUUGUAUGAUGGGGAGCUCAAGCAGGUUAAACUGAUUUUAACUUUAAAUACUGAAAACGAUGGUAGCAGCUUGGAUCUAGACAAGGGAAAGACGGUUGAGACGAUUGAGGUGGCUGAUGGUAGUGAGAUGAAAGCAUUAUGUGAAUCAAGUGUCAGCAAAGCUGCUGAAAUGGCUGCUGGGUUUGCAGCAGCUCUUGAGGGAAUUGCUGCAAACGAAAUAAUUCAGCGCACUACAGGCAGACUUGAAGCAAUUCAUUCAGAGGGCGUACAUCGUCUCUCAGAACUAUGCUGCUUUGGAGUUUCACAACUUUUGAUGCUUGGAAAAUCUAUGAUGUCAAGUGUUAACAAGUCACAGGAUGAUGAAAUUGAGGAGGAUGGUGGUGACAAAAUUGAGUGGCCUAAUGAUUCCAUCUCGAAAGCAAAGCUCAUUAGGUUGAAAGCACAGGCAAUCACUGGAGAUGUGGCAGCAGUCUCUAACAGUUUUGUAACAGGCAUUUCAGAUGUGCUAGAAGCCUAUGUAGCUGCAGUAAAGAAGGCAUCUACCGACAGUGGGCUUCUGCAAAAUAGCUCCAUCCAUGAUAAAGCUCAUGCUAUCUCUGAUUACCUGCAUGCCGACAAAGCUACUGCGAUUGACAAGAUCCAGGAUGGAUUGCAAUAUUUGGCAUAUAUUGUCAUUUCCACCUCCAUGACAACUGCCUAAAAGAAGUUAAACCAAUCCACCGCUUUAUGUUGUCACGAUUCUCCGUGCAUUGUGUAUAUAAUUUUUACUUGCAUCCAUCGAUUCAGUUCCAUUAUAUUGUACAUUGGAAAGUUGCUUACUAUUUGUUGCUAGCUUGCGCAAAAAUAUCAGA